AUGCUUGCUCUCGCCAGCCCGGCGCCCAGUCUGGGACCUACAUUUGGGAUCACUUUGCUUGGCACGUGUGUAGGUCUCAUGCUAUAUGGUAUGACGAUUCAUCAGACGUACAGAUACUUCCACAUCUAUACUCUGGACAAGAGGAUCCUCAAGGACACGGUCCGCGUGUUAUUUCUAGCAGACACCAUACAUUCUGUGCUUACAGUGCACAUAUGUUACUACUACCUCGUCCAAAGUCAAUCCGAUCACGGCAUGCUCGAAAAUGGCGUUUGGUCCAUCAGGACCGUUGGAGUGAUCACUCAGCUCGUCGUCACCAUUGUUCAAGGCUUCUACCUCCGACGCAUACAUAUAUUAAAGGCCCAUAUCGCUAUACAGGUGGUAGUGGCGAUAUCAAUGCUUGGGGAGAUAGUCGCAAACCUAGUUAUGACCGUAGCCUUUACGGAUACGCUGUUGAACACACUGAUCGCGUACACGAUCAAUACCGGGCUUCUGACAUGCACACUCAGCACUCUCUGCCUUUUCUUCACCAUCCUGCAGCCCUACAAUCUCAUCUACUUCGCUCUCAACAUGCCCAUCACGAAGAGUUACACGAACUCUAUGCUCACCGUCCUCAACUCUCGCCGCGCGCUCGCAGACCGCGCGUGCGCCGCGACCGUAGACCUCGGGACCUUCGGCAUGACCGUGUCCCCGGGAAUAUGUAUGGCCCCCCUUCCGGCGCCGCGCGACGCCCCUUCAAUUGCCUUUCGGCAGACGUCCACGGACGAUAGCAGGUUCGAGUGCUAG